GUCGGGUCGAGGCGCGCGCCAUCGCUUGCUGCGCUUGCUGAGCCAAAUCAGUGCAACCGCUACGUCCCUACGCGUUACCAGCUCUAGUGUCCAGCGAAGCCACUGGAGCGACGCCAGCGCGCGAGCACUAGGCAAAAAAAAACAAAAAACCAUGGAGGUGGACCCGCCGCCCGCGCCGGCGCCUGAGGCGACGCCGGCAGCGCUCCCCGGCGACAGCUUCUACGCCGUCGACGAGACCGCCGUCGACGCGCAGCGGCAGGCGAAGCCGUGGACGCAGGACGCGACCUACUUUAAGAGGGUAGCUGUAUCGCCGGCCGCGUCGACCAAAAUGCUCGCGCACGCCCAACGAGGCUGCGAGGCCGGCGUCAAGGCGGGCGGCAAGCCGCUCGAGGUCAUGGGUUUAUUGCUGGGUUAUCCGGACGCGGACGCGUCGAAGCGGCGCCUCGUCGUCACGGACGCCUUGCCCCUGCCGGUGACGGGCUUCGAGACGAGCGUCGUCGCCGACGACGACAACGUGGUCAACUACAUGAUCGCGCUCUCCGAUCUGGUCGAGAAGACGAGGAAGGAGCGCCUGAUGGGCUGGUACCACAGCCACCCCUUCGACGUCGACGAGGACCACGACAACUGCUUCUUUAGCUCGACGGACCUUUCUACGCAGCUCAGCUGGCAGAACGCGGAAGACCCGCAAGGUAACCCCUUCCUCGCCAUCGUCCUGGACCCGCUGCGCAGCGCGGCCAAGAACUCGGCCGCGCUCGCGGCGUUUAGGGCGUACCCGCCGGCCUACACGCCGCCCGCGAACCAGUGCCCCGACGGCGAGAUCUGCGCCGACGACGCGCGCCGCGUCGAGGUCUGGGGCUCGUGCUGGCACCGCUACUACCAGCUCGAUCUCGAGUACUUCACUGUGUGGAAAUCGAGCAGGCGUCGCGUCGAUGGCGUGGAGGUCGACGCGACGAGUCAGCACGAACGCGCCGUAAAAUUUUGAUUUCCACACAGGUACUUCAUGAGCGGCCAAGCUAGAGCUAUAGUCGACGUGCUCAACCGGAGCCACCUCUGGGCGAAGACGCUGAGUGAGUCGCACCGCGAGGACACCACGGACCGGGUCGCGAAGAUCGCCGACAAGCUCGCGCGCGCGCCAGGAGCCCAGCCGCCGCGUGCGCCACGCUUAGGCGGCUACGGCGGCCUCGACGCGCUCGGGUCCGGCGCGGCGCCGAGCGCUCGCGCCGACCAGGCACCCCUCUCCAAGGCCGCCGACGCGGCGGCGGGCGUCGCGACUGAGGCGCUCCACGGCCAGCUCUCGCAGCUGACGAAGCGCCACCUCCUCUGCGGCUGCAGCGGCUUCCAGCGCGCGGUCCACUCGUACCUGGCGCGCAAAGGGCAGGUCGCGAAGCCGUGCGCCUAGCGGCCUAGGCCCCAUCCCCUGUGUUAAGAGUCGG